AUGUCGGAUAACAUGUCGGAUGCGGACAAGAUCCGCAACAAGCGUCUUGCAAAGCUUGGAAACCCAACCCCUUCCUCUCCAGGCGGAGAAGGCUCGGAUUCCAGCGCACCUACGACCCCUACACAACCCAGCAGCUCGACGCCCCAGUUCCCAGUGCCUUCGCAGCCACAGACCGGCACGACAAGCACAUCCAACUCCCACGCACCAUCGCCUAGACCAGAACCGUCAGAAGGGAAACGGAUAAAGAUCACGCCAACAGCUCCGUCGUCCGCAGUCCAGUCGCAAACCGUCACGCCCAUUUCGAACACGCCGCCUCCGCAACCAAGAGCCGAAGAAAGCAUUGAAGCCUUUGAGGAUCGGACAUUGAGUGCUGUGUUUAAGCUUUCGCUCAGAGAGGACCGGCAGAAGGAUAUCCAUGGGCAGAGACUAUAUUACUUGCCUGCACUGCGAAGUGAGUUGGAAGAGCAGGGUCGGGAGCCUCGCAUCGAUUCGGCUGUUUUAGACCAGGCGCUGUUGGAGGCCGCGUCGAAUGUCAAGAGACCGUUGGAUUAUUUGUUGCCGUGUUGGAAGAGAAUUUGCAGAUUGCAUAAGGGGUUCCGUCGGCCGCGGGAUGAUGAUGCCAAGUUUAAUGCUAUUUCUGAGGCUCGGCGGCUGUGCAUAAGUUAUUGCAUGUUUGCUAUUACGAUGCCGGAAAUGUUUGGAGCCGAGUCUAAUGGAUCUCCGCUGAAACCGUUCUUGCUCUUGGACCCGGAAGAGGAUAAGGGUAUUGAUCUCGAUUUCAUUGGUGAGGCCGUUAAGAGGUUCGACGAGGACGAAAAUAUCAAGCCCGCUUUCAUCGCCGCUGUCGAGGUUUUAAGUCAAGAGCUGGCUGAGUUGAACAUCAACGAUGAGUACAAACCUUACGUGAUGGCUUUGCAAAACCUCGUUCGUCAUGCAGCUGUUGCAUCUGCCAUCACGGAGUCUUCACUUUUCAAUGCAACUCGAGACCCACCGUCGUUUGAGAAACGCACGCUUCUGGGACCAUGGUUCCGGCUGUCGCCGCUUGAACCCAAUGUUACCAUGCAGUAUUUCUCGAGCCCUAAGUCCAGGGACCAGUCAUACAUCUUGAACUCCCAACGGUCUCUCCGCAUGAUGCAGCAGAUGAUCAGUGCCGACCUUCUCGACAUCAUCAACCAUCUGAUUCGUGCGUCGAAGGAUUCCCGAGAACGAGUUUUGGAUUGGUUCGCUACUGCGAUGAACAUCAACCAUAAGCGGAGAGCGAUGCAGGUUGACCCUAACGCGGUUUCAUCGGAUGGAUUCAUGUUCAACCUUACGACGUGCUUGGAUCAACUUUGUGAACCGUUUAUGGAUGCAUCUUUUACCAAGAUCGACCGAAUUGAUGCAGCAUAUCUUCACCGGAACCCCCGUGUUGACAUGAAGGAUGAAACCAAGAUCAAUGCCGACCAGCACGCUUCGGACGCGUUUUACUCGAGAAAGGCAGACGGGACUUCUAAUUUCAUUACAGAGAUUUUCUUCCUUACUGUUGCUGCCCACCACUACGGUAGUGAGUCCCUGACUUCGAAACUGGACCAAUUAGAAAAGGACCUCCGGCAUAUGGAGACCACGAUCGGGCGGUUCGAGACAGAGCGACACCGGUGGAUCAGCAAUCCAAUGCAACUUCGGGUCUUUGAACAGGCGUUGAAAAAAUACAAGGACAAGUUGGAUCUCGGACUCGCGUUGAAGUACAGUCUUCAGGGUGUGCUGUUCGACGACCAAUGGCAGGCCCGUUCCAUGUUGUUCAUGCGAUAUGUCAUCGUCUGGCUGUUGAGACUGGUCUCCGGUGUUGACUUCCCCCGGCAGACUCUUCAGUUGCCUCUUCCCGAACAACAGCCAGAAGUCUUCAAGUGUCUACCUGAAUACUUUCUGGAUGACAUUGUCAGCAAUUUCAAGUUCAUUAUGUGGUGCAUGCCGCAGAUCAUCACCGCCACGCAAGGGGAUGAAGUGGUCAUGCUUUGCAUCACGUUUUUGGAGAGCACAGGUUAUAUCAAGAACCCAUACUUGAAGGCUGGUUUGGUGUCGAUCCUUUUCCGCGGGACAUGGCCGCGCCCUGGUGGCGGUCGUGGUGUUUUGGUGGACCUUCUUAAUUCCAUGCCGUUUGCCAACGAUUAUAUCCUCCACUCGCUCAUGAAGUUCUACAUUGAGGCUGAACAUACAGGAACACACACCCAGUUCUACGACAAAUUUAAUAUCCGAUACGAGAUUUUUCAGAUCAUCAAAUGCAUCUGGCCCAACACGCUAUAUCAGACAAAGCUCUUGAACCAGGCCAACCAGAACCACGACUUUUUCGUCCGAUAUGUCAACCUUCUUCUUAACGACGUGACAUUCGUUCUUGAUGAGUCAUUUGGCGCUUUUAUGACCAUCCACGAUACCCAGACUGAGCUUAAGCGCAGCGGGAACACAAUGGAUCCCACUGCACGGCAGCAAAAGGAAGAGCAUCUCGCAUCUGCCCAGCGCACAGCCAAGUCCUACAUGCAGCUGACGAACGAGACGGUCGGCAUGCUCAAGCUCUUCACCCACGCACUGGCAGAGUCUUUCACAAUGCCGGAAAUUGUGCAGCGGUUGGCGGACAUGUUGGACUACAACUUGGAUGCCAUGGUGGGUCCAAAGAGCUUAAACUUGCGCGUGGACAAUCUGCAAGAAUAUGGAUUCAACCCGCGCGCUCUACUGAGCGAGCUCGUGGACGUGUACAUCAACUUAAUGAACAGGGAAAGCUUUAUCUUUGCCGUUGCACGUGACGGUCGCUCCUACAAACCCGUGAACUUCGAAAAGGCCGCUGAUAUCCUGCGCAAAUGGUCGCUUAAGUCUCCGGAGGAGCUGAAGAAAUGGGAGCAGCUGCAGCGGAAGGUCAAGGGAGCCAAAGAGAUGGACGAACAGGAAGAAGAGGACCUUGGAGAGGUUCCCGACGACUUCUUGGACCCGCUGAUCUACACAUUGAUGGAAGACCCGGUUAUUCUCCCUGCGUCAAGAAUGUCUAUUGAUCGAUCUACGAUCCGAUCUCACCUCCUGAGUGACCCGCAUGAUCCGUUUAACCGGGUACCGCUGAAGAUGGAGGAUGUCAUUCCAGACACCGAACUCAAGGCCAAGAUCACGGCAUUCAAGACAGAGCGGUUGGCGGAGCGGAGAAAGGCGAGGGGGCAGAGUGCACCGGAGAAGAUGGACACGACAGAGUAG